AUGCCUUCAGUCUCGUUUGCGACUUUCCUCAUCAUCUGCCCUGUCUCCUUCUUCCUGGGCAUCCUCUUCUCUCUCUUCCCUUACGACUACCCGCUUCUGUGGUCCUCGCUACCCACACCACCCUCUCACUUUGACGCCAUCGAAGCACACCUCAAACUACUCCACAAUGCGCCGAAUCUCAUUGUGCGCAUCCUACACAUGAUGCUCGGUGUGGGCAUCUUGGGUCUUGUGAUUAAACUCUAUAAGCCCAGCGAGUCGAACCUGCUCUUCGACGGUGGCAGUUUGGUGCUGUACAUGGUCGCCGUGGUCGUGUAUAUCGCCAACAUCGUCAAGGGAUUGAGGAUCGUGAAUGACGGCACCUACGGAAUGGGCAUGGAGAAAUUGACGCAGGAUGAGCUCGACGAGGUGAAUUCGCGUGGUUACGAUGUCAACACGGGAGACAGCGUGCUCGGGCGCGAGGACAACCUGAAGGUCUUGGCUGCCAGCAAUACCAUUUUGGCGCUGGUGCUUGUCGGCGUGCUGGUGUUACAGGUCGGCCAAUGGUACGCGGACAGGGCGGAUGAAAAUGCUCUGAGAGAGUUUGAGGCCAAGGAGAAGGCGGAGCGCGAGAAGAAAGAGAACGAAGCUUCCUCCCCCACGGUAAAACGACAGAGUAGUGGGAGGGAGGGGAAGAAGACCAGGUGA